AUGUUGAUGCAGUGGAAAAGACUUUGCAGGCUGUUGAAAAAGUUACGAAAAAAGUGGCUUCCAAGCCGUGGGCUGAAGCGGUGGGCAUUGACAAACUCAGCCGUUACUGGAAGGAAGUGGACAGGCGACGUCGUGGCCUAUUGUAGCUGCUGCGUUUCCAUCACCAGCAGCUGCAAAGAUAGUGAGGGAUCCAACAAAGCCGGUUAUAUUGAGGACGUGAUUCAGGAGGCACUUAGUAGUUUGGACGUGUCAACACCAGCUAAAGAGAUGAAAAAGAGGGGGUUGGUGAGUCAAGGCAACACGUGCUUUCAGAAUGUUAUCAUGCAGUCUGUGCUGGCUUGUCCGCCGUUUUUGAAUUUGUUCGUCGAGAUUUCAACUGCUUGUCCACCAACAACAUCAAUGUAG